UGCUUUAUUCGUAUUGUUUUGUUUAUAUCGGGUGCUAUGAACCUUUAAAAAAAUUGAUUGGCGGAAGAUAAAAUUUUAGUACACCUUCUUUAUCUGUAAUCACAAUGUCUUGCGUUUAUAUGAGGUGUGCAGCUGAUAUUUAAAGAGCGUGAGCCGUGUACUUUUGUCAGAAUUUUUUGCGAAAUUUGUUUAAUUUUUUAGUGGAAAAUAUGUCUCAAGUCACACCAGUUGAAUUCCCUAGUUGGGAUUCUAAAACCGGACUUAUUUAUGAUGAUCGAAUGGCUUUGCAUUGUUGUUUAUGGGAAACUGAAAUGCAGGAACAACCUGAACGAUAUUUAUCACCUAUGAAGAAAAUCCAAGAAUAUGGUCUUUUACACAGAUGUUGUAUUUUACCUUCCAAAUUAGCCACCGAAGAAGAAUUACAUCUGGUCCAUACGAAAGAUUAUAUUAAUAAAAUCAAAAACGCUGUAACAAUAGAAGAUGUUAAUAAAUGGGAAAAAUUAGCGUCGAAUUAUGAUGGUGUUUUUUUUAAUUCCCAUACUUAUGAAUGUGCAUUAUUGGCUGCAGGUUGUUCUAUAGAAUUGGUUUCUGCCGUGUUACAGGGCAAAGUCAACAAUGGAUUCGCUAUCAUAAGACCACCUGGCCACCAUGCUAUGGUACAGGAUGCAUGUGGCUAUUGCUUUUUUAAUAAUGUAGCUAUAAGUGCCAAAUAUGCAAUGGAAAAUUAUAAUUUAAAACGCAUUCUGAUAGUUGACUGGGAUGUACAUCAUGGGCAGGCCACUCAGCAAAUAUUUUAUGAUGAUCCUAGAGUUCUUUAUUUUUCUAUUCAUAGAUAUGAAAAUGGAGAUUUUUGGCCUAAUCUACGGGAGUCCAGUUUUGAUUUUGUUGGAGGUCAUGCUGCUCGAGGAUUUAAUAUUAAUGUACCUCUGAACAGUUCUAGACAAGGAAAUGCUGAAUAUCUUGCUAUAUUCAAUAACAUAUUGUUGCCAAUUGCAUAUGAAUUUAAUCCUGAAUUGGUUUUGAUUUCUUCAGGUUAUGAUGCUGCCCUUGGGUGUCCUGAAGGAGAAAUGAAAUUAACACCUCCAGUUUAUGCUCAUUUCUUGAAUUUGUUAUCAUGCCUUGCUGGGGGAAAAAUUUGUGUUCUGUUAGAAGGAGGAUACUGUAUAUCAUCUUUAUCAGAAAGUGUAGCCUUUACAUUAAAAGGUCUUCUUGGUGACCCAUGCUCAUUAUCUCCUUGUAUAGGAGGAGUUCAUGAAAGCUCAAUUGAAAGCAUAUUAAAUGUUAUAUCGGUUCAUCGUCCGUUUUGGGAUUCAAUCAAACUUCAGAAUGUUUAUGAUUCAAACUUUGAUGAUGAUGGUAGCAGUAAACAUGUGGUGAAAAUAAAGUAUACAAAAAAUCCGCAAGAAGGACUGACUGUGUAUCCGACUCGUGGUUACUGUCCAGUUCAACCUCAGAGUUUAGCUAUCCAAUUUGAAGCAGAAAUCAGAGAUAUAAUAUCAAAAAUAGAUUUUACUGUUCCUAAAUAUAGAACUGGUUUUAUAUUUGACCCAAGAACAACAUCAGGAUGUCAUUUUCAAAAUCAUGCAGAAACACCAGAGCAUGUUUUAGAUUUCUACAAUAAGCUGCAACAAAGUGGAUUGCUUUCCAAAUGUGUAUAUGUGCAACCUUGUCAGUUAUCUGAAAUAGAAUCAAUGCCUGAUUCCAAAUAUGUUGAUAAAAUUCAUGUUGAUUGUGCCAUCACUGAUGAAAUAUCUGAAAAUCUAGAUAAGGAAUUUCAUAUGGUUGUUUUUUGUCAGAAAGUUAAAAGACCUAUUAUUAAUACUUUUGAAAGGUUGCUUCAAUUAAUUGAUGCUGUGGUAAUGAGAAAGUGUGUCAAUGGUUUUGCAUUAACCCGUCCAGCAGGACAUUAUCCAGAUACAGAAAAUGCUUCUGGUUAUUGUAUAUUUAAUUCUGUGAAUAUUGCUGCAAAGUAUUUAACUACAAAGCAUAAGAUGAAAAAAAUUCUCAUUUUAGAUUUGGAUAUUGGGCGUGGAAAUAGUGUUCAAAAUUAUUUUUAUGAAGAUAAUGAAGUAUUGUAUGUGUCAUUGCAUCACCAUGAUAAUGAAUAUUUCCCUAUUUCUUUGGAAGCAAAAGAAAAACAAGUUGGUAAUAAUAAAGGGAAAGGAUUUAAUGUGAAUAUCCCUUUUUCUCAUACAAUUUGUGAUGGGGAUUUUAUUGCUGCAUUUUUCCAUAUCAUAUUACCUAUUGCCUAUGAAUUUUGUCCUGAAUUUGUUUUACUUUCUUUGGGAUAUGAUGAUGGAAUGCACCGUACACGUCUGUCUUCCUCCUGCUUAACAAUUAUAACUAAACUUCUAAGUGGCUUGAGUAAUGGUAAAAUUGUUGUUAUUUCUGAAAUUAAUUUCUCUUUUGAAAGUGCUCCUGAUGCUGCUGCUCAUUGUUUAUCUGCAUUACUUAAUGAGCCCUGUGUACCCUUAAGACAAUUAAAGCCUACUCUUGAAGGAAUUGAUACUAUCAGAAAUGUUGUGAAAGUACACAAAAAUUUUUGGAAAUCCUUGGCUUUUGAUGUUGAAGUUCCAUACAAUCUUGAUUCUUCAGAGCUGGUAGAAAAAAUUCAAAAUUCUGAUGAUAGUAAUUCUAUAAGUAUAAGAAGACAAUCAAGUAAUCCAGUAGCAAUACCAAACAUUCAAGAUGGAACAUGUAUGCCACUUGUCUUGGAAUAUGAAACACAUGAAAAUUUCUCAAAUGAUGCAUUUUUCUGUGUAACACCAUUAGAAUACUGUCCUCAUUUAGAAUUGCUUCAACCAGUACCUAAUGAAGGUUUGAAUCCCGGGGCAGUGUGCCAGACAUGUAAAGAUCCUAAUGAAAAUUGGGUUUGUUUGCACUGUUACCAAGUUUAUUGUGGAAGAUUCAUCAAUCAGCAUAUGGUCCAGCAUGGUUUUGAUAUGAAGCAUUAUCUUACUCUUAGUUAUUCAGAUUUAUCUGUUUGGUGUUAUGCAUGUGAUGCAUAUAUUCAUAAUGAUUUACUUGUGCCAAUCAAAGAACAUGCUUGUGAAGCUAAGUUUAAUCCUGACUUCAGAUCAUAAAAUUUUGUCAUGUUUUAUUUCUUUAAGAAUAUAUAUUUCACUAUUGUGAGAAAUAAGGCCGUACUAUUUUUUAAAAAUGUAAUGAAUAUUUUAUGUGCUACUUAUUACACUUUAUUAAAAAAAAUUAAUUUUUUGUUACAAAACAUUGAUGGUCAUUCAAAUAAUAUUUUUGUUUAAAAGUGUUUUCUACCAUCUUAAAAAAUAAAUACUAUAAUAUUUUUUUAAACAUACUGAGUGCUUUAUGUACUUAUAAUAAAAUUCAUUAUUUAAGAAAUUUUAUAUUACUUUGUGUUAUAAAGUUUUGUACUGACAUUUUAAUUAUUUUUUACUUAUAUAUUCCUUUUUUUUUAAGUAAUAAUUUUUGAGCUAUUUUAAAGAACAUUUUUUGCAUCAAUGAUUAAAAUUAGUAUUUAAAAGGGAAGUUAUAUGUUUUAUAUUACAAUUUUUUAUAUAUUUUCCUCUCCCAUUGUUCAAAUUACUUUGUUAUCCAUUUGCUGUUAAUAAAUGUAAAACUAAUUCAUAUGACAAGCAGCAAUGUAAUAAAAUGUAUAUUGCUGAGAAUAAAUUAUUUAAAAUGAUAAAUUUCAAUUGACUUAAUUAAAUAUUUUCUCUGUUGGGAAAAAUCAUUGAACUGCAAUGUUGCUAUUAUAUUUUUAUUAAAGAAUCUGGGUUGUGUUGAGCAGAAAUAAACUGAUAAUAGAUUAAAGGUGUUAAAAAAAGAUCUACAGAUACAAACAAAGAUUCUCAUGGUAACUCAAUUCAUCAAUCUGUACAAUUGAUUUGGAAAUUAUAACAAUUUCUGAUAAUAAUCACUCAAAUUUGUCAAAGUCUCAGUUUUUAUUCAUCCUAUAUCUGUUUCCAACCAACCAAAAUAUCUGUCGGCACUUAAAUUUGCUGCUUUUAUUCAGCCAUAUGUAAUUUAAUAUUCUGAGCAAAUAUAAAAUAUUACUUUAUUUAAUUAUAUGUUAGUAAUCAUUAUUAAUUUGAUUUUAGAAACAGUAUUUUUUAAUGUUCACUUUAAAACUUUUUACCAUCAAAACGUUAUAUAAAAGCCAUAUUAAAUAACAUGAUUUAACACAAUUUGAAAAAUUAUAACGAAAACUUGCACAUCAUCUAAGAGAUUAUUUUAGCAUUUUAUUCUGAGGGUUGUAAAUUUUUGUAUUGAUUUUCAUCAAUCUAAUGUAUAAUGAAUAAUCUAGACAUGACUUAAAUCAAAUUAUCAUCAUAAUAGUUUGGAAUUGCAUGUUAAAAUUCCUUAUUCAACAGCCACUUGAAAUUAUUCUAAAAUAUCUUUUAAUUUUUAAAGACAUUUAUUUGAUUUUCCUUCUGUAUAAAUUGAGUGGCAGUCAACAAGCAUAUAUUUUAAGAAAAAAAUAAUAAUUCUUAAUGCCAUGGGCAAAUUUUAGUAAAAAGUAAACAAUUUUGUCAAUGACAGCACCUUCAAGUUUCUGCAAUAUUAUAUAUGUGUAUGCGUGUGUGUAAUGAUAAUUUUAAUCUUAAUUGAUUUCUUAAUUAUAUCUUAAGUUAACCCAUAUUACUUUAUUCUAAAAUGUUCUCUUAUUUCAUGAUUCGAAUCCUUUUUUUAUUUAAUUAUUGUCAACACACACUUUAAAAAUUGCUUUUUCUUUGUUUCCCAUGCCUUGAGCAAAGAGAUAAAAAUUCCUGACGUCAAUGCAGUUGUUUCAUAAAUAUCCAAGAUUUCUUUUCCUAAGUUGCCAUGUAUCAAAGAAAUCUCUAUCAAAAUCUUGUAAUAAAACAGUAAAGGGUAAAAAUUCUGUCAAUUUUUUUUUCUCUUGACUUCUGGUGCAAACGAACACAUUCUGCCUUUGUGUAUAAAAAUUAUGUCUCUCUUGGUAAAAUAAAUUGAAGUUCAUUUAAGAAGUAUUUUCUAUCAAAAUUAUACUACUACACACACACAAACAUAUAUAUAUACAUAUUACUAAUUCAUUUAGAAGCAAAUUCUAAGCAGAUGAAAUAGAACUGUAAUUGGCUUUCUCUCAU